AUGUCCCACCAUCUCUUCCUGCUCUCUCCCUCCGACACUCCCUUGUACAGUCUCACACACUUCUCCGCGAAGCCGGCCCAGGUCGCCCCGUCCCCUCUGUCGGCAAAUCUCCCUUCCUGGUCCACCUCCGCGUUCGCGGGCACUCUGACCGCUCUCUCCGGCGCGUCCAGUGUCGCGCAGCCUUCUGCGCAGGGCGGCGGGGCGCGCAUGGGCGGAGGGCAGGACCGUCAUGUCAUUCAGAUGAUUGCGAACGCGAGCUUGGACGUGAUCGAAGAGGUCGUGCGGCGAAAUACCGGCAUGUACCUCAAGGCGGUCGACAAGUUCAACGAGUGGACCGUGUCUGCCUUUGUUACCCCAGGCAAUAUGAAGUUCGUGCUGCUGCACGAGGCGAAGAACGAUGAGGGGAUCCGGGCGUUCUUUAUGGAUGUGUGGGAGCUGUACGUGAAGACGAUGGCGAAUCCGUUCCACACGGCGCACACGGCGAUCCGGAGCGGGGUGUUCGAUGCACGUGUCAGGGCGAGCGCGAAAAAGUAUCUGUGA